UGUUUACAUAAUACAUAUUGUAUUGUGAUAAAAACUAUGCGUUUUUUAUGAUUUAUAAACGUAUUCAAUCGUAGACGUAGUGCUUAUUGCUUUACAAUUUACUUAAACGAUGAUUUAUUAUUUAAAAUCUCUGCUAAUACUUUAAUUUUCGCCGUUUUAGUUGUGAAAUUAACAAUAUACCUAUUACACGGUCAGUAUUACGUCUUGACAUCUGUGUAACACUUGUGCCAUUGUAUGGGUUAACAAAUUUAGAAGUCAGAAAAUGGAAACCAAAUUUUCGGGUUUCGCCAAGGAGACCACGACUAGACCGGCGUGUAAGAAAUGUGGCUACUCCGGUCACUUGACGUUCCAGUGUCGCAAUUUCAUCAAAAUUGACCCCAAUAAAGACAUUGUAUUGGAUGUGAGUAGCACAAGUAGUGAAUCGGAAGAGGAGUACGUAACACCGCUAGUACAGCUCCGUGAAACCGAAUUGGCUUUAAAAUUGAAGCAAGCAGCCACCAAAAAAAAGAAGAAGAAAAAGUCAAAGAAACGUAAACACAAGUCAUCUGAUAAUGAUUCUUCAGAUAGCGAGGACAAGGAACGUAAAAAAAAGAAGAAUAAAAAACACAAGAAACAUAAAAAACAAAAAAAAUCAAAGGACUAAUAAGUACCUAUAUAUAUAUAUAUACAGUUUAAAACUAUAUGUUCUUAAACUAUGACUUGUAUUAGUAGAAUUAUGUAAAUUAAAUAGGUAUCUACAUAUUAUUAAAAUAUAUCAUAAUUUUUUAUUUGAUUUUAUUAUUAUUGGAACAAAAAACUUGAAAUCACGAUUUUAAAUUGUAACACUUAUUGUAAUAAUUACAUUACUAAUUAUAUUAUAAGAUGUGAAAUCGAACAUAUAGGUACUUACCUAAACCGGUACACACAAAAAUAUUUUUCUACUCGUUUACUCAUUGUUUAAAAAAUGUUCCACAAACUCUGUUAUAAUACCGAUUGUCACAAUUUUUAAAAUACUAUUAAUCAUUAGUAUUAUGUACGAAAAUUGUACACUUUAUAAAAAUAGAAUGUAUUAGGACUGUCAAUAAUCAGAUCACAAUACUAAAUAGUACAUCUUAAAAACCUUAUAGCUAAUACCCUUAGUUAUUAAUACUAUUGAUUAAAUUUAUUUAAAAUGUUGAAUUAUAUUAUUAAUUUGAAAAUAUAUUUUGUUUUGUUAAAAAUGUGUCAUAUAAUAUUAUAUAUUAAUUCACAUCAAAAUUGAAAAACACAACAUAAAUGUCAAUAUUCAAUACCUCACUGUGCAGUAAUCAAAAUCAUGCUAAAUCUAUUUAUAAUGAUGUUUAAUGACUAGAUGUUUGUAGUGUUAAUGGUAUAUUAUUGUCAUAUUAAUCUACUAAUCAAAAAGUUAGAGAAUAUCAUCUUACAAUAAAAAUAUUAAUAUUAUGUAAAUACCAUAAUAGUUUUCAAAUUCAAUGUGGUGAUGUACCUGUAUUUACCCAAAGUGUAUGCAUGUCUAACUUUAAAUAAUUAAAAGUAAAACUGGUUUCAAAAUUAAUAUUCAAAUGUACUUUUUUUUUAUUUUUUGUCUUCACAUAACUAUGGUAGAUUUCUCUUGAUAUGUAGAAUGACGACUGUAAACUUACAAAAAACUUUAUUAUAAUA